UAGAGCAUGUCACAGUACAGAGACUGCUUUGAUCAGAGUUACAAAUGAUCUGCUAUUGGCGUCUGACCGAGGUUGUAUCUCGUUAUUGGUGCUGCUAGACCUUAGUGCUGCAUUCGAUACCAUUGACCACAGCACACUCCUACAUAGACUCGAAAAUUAUGUCGGCAUUAAGGGAAUAGCUUUGAAAUGGUUUAAAUCUUAUUUAUCCGACCGUUUUCAAUUUGUAGCAAUAAACAAUGAGGUGUCACGCAAAUCGCAAGUCCAGUACGGUGUACCACAGGGCUCAGUCUUAGGGCCUCUGCUCUUCGCAUUAUACAUGCUACCUCUAGGAGAUAUAAUAAAGCGACACGGAGUUAGCUUUCACUGUUAUGCUGAUGAUACUCAACUUUAUAUUUCCUCGAAGCCUCAUGAAACACAGCAGUUCCAUCGAAUAAUGGAAUGCAUAGUCGAUAUAAAAAACUGGAUGAGUAACAACUUUUUAUUACUGAACUCGGACAAAACGGAAGUGUUACUUAUUGGACCGAAAACUGCUAUAAGUAACAACCAAGAAUACUGUUUAACUAUUGACGGAUGUUCCAUAAAACCCUCGUCGUCAGCAAAGAAUCUUGGCGUUCUAUUCGAUAGUAAUCUGUCAUUUGAGAGCCACGUCGCCAACACCUGUAAAAUUGCGUUUUUCCAUUUUAAGAAUAUAUCUAAACUACGUCAUAUGCUGUCAAUCUCAGAUGCAGAGAAGUUAAUUCAUGCAUUCAUGACAUCAAGACUAGAUUACUGUAAUGCACUGUUAGGUGGUUGCCCUGCAGGCUUAUUACAAAAACUCCAAUUGGUCCAAAACGCGGCAGCUCGAGUUCUUACACGUACAAAAAAGUAUGAACAUAUUAGCCCGGUUCUGUCAACCUUGCACUGGUUACCUAUAAAGCAUCGCGUUAACUUUAAAAUCUUGCUUAUUACCUAUAAAGCCUUACAUGGUUUAGCUCCUCAGUACUUGAAUGAACUCCUUUUGUAUUACAGUCCUUCACGUGCAUUACGCUCUCAGGCGUCCUGUCAGUUGGUAAUACCUAGAAUUUCAAAAUCAAGUGCAGGUGGUAGAUCCUUUUCCUAUCUAGCGCCUAAACUUUGGAAUAGUCUUCCCUGCACUGUCCGGGAGGCAGACACACUCUGUCAGUUUAAAUCUAGACUAAAGACGCAUCUUUUUAAUCUUGCAUACACUACUCUUCCAUAAUAUAAAUCUUCAGAGGGUUUAGGCUGCAUUAGUUAGAUCAACCGGAACCAAAAACACAACUGAUGUACUUGUUGCAUCAAAGAGUACAGAACAGUACUCUACUCUCAGCCAGUCUUGUCUCAUUGUUCCAAGGUUACCACAGCGAGCAGGAUGCAGUUCAUGGCCUGACCUGAUGGUAGAGCGGAGAAUGGGAAGUGGGGACCUGACAAGAGCUGAGAUGAUAGAGCUGGAUAAAGAAGGACGCGAGUUUCGUAUGUGACCUUGUCCUGGGAGUGAACUUGGAAGAGAUGGGUAUUUCUCGCAGUGCAAACCAAGUAUCAGUUCAGCUCAGAAGUCUGACAACUGUGUCAUACUUGAUGUUUUAAAGGUGAAUCAUAAGCCAAGCUCUAAACCACUGCAGGUCUGAUUUUGACGGUUGAGGCAAAUUCAGUGACACAUUCAAAGGCUCCUGAAAACACCUGAUACUGACAGACACAGCUCUGGUUCGGCCUGAUGCUCAAGGUUGAUGACCACAGCCAUAGAUGGAAAGUGGUGGGAAUCUGCGAUGAUCAUGGCCUGCAAUUUGAGCCUCAUGCCAGAUGCUACUUUUGAUUUGCCAGAAACUCAAAAUCAUUAGCGCACAUAAAAAUAAUGGAUGUAGUUAUCUGCAAACAAUAUAAAAUGACUUCUUGGCUGCACUGCUUGCUGUAUAAUCUUGCUGAUCAGUUAAAUUUAAAUAGUAAUCAUGUAUUUUUAUAAUUUUCCUGGUUAUAUAUAUAUACUUUUAUUUCUAUACAUUUUUGUUGUCACACUUCUACUGCUUUUGUAUGGAAGGCAAAUCCUGCCAAAUUUAAAUAAAUAAAUU